AUGGAGAUGAUGCUAUACGAACCAUGCAUGAGGCCUCACGGGGGAAUGAAAAGCCCCCCACAGAAGGGAAGAGUUCAACACGUAACAGGUUUUGACUUGCCUGUGUCCACCAAAUGGAGGCUGCAAGCACCAGCCCUGCAGUUUUAUACCUCCCACCUCACAGGCAAAGUUGCUAGUGUGCUGAAGAAGAAGCCCAAGCUGACUGCUUCUCUCGCCGAAAGGAAAAGCCUGUCCAACAUGAAAUGUAAGUAGGGGACUCUUAGAGUACCAUGUGGAUGAACAACAAACUUUUAGUUGCAGGUGCUGUAAUUAUUGUUUUAUUUUGAUUUAUUACCCACCCAUCACCCUUAAGGUCCCACAGCUGGUCGGAGCAAUGUAAAUAUACACCAUUACAGAUGCCUUAAAGCAAGCAUGUCCAAAGUUUGUAUCGGGGGCCUAAUCUGGCCCACCGGUCGGUUUAAUCUGGCCCCUGUGACAGUUUAUUUCCUGGGUUAAAAUCCUAAAAAAGAACUCAACAACUUCACUCCUAAAAAAAAAGAGCUCAAGAACUUGGGGGUAAAAUAAUAAAAAAAGCUCAACAACUUCAAUCCUAAACGGCCCUUCACUUCAUCAAAUCUGGCCCUCUUUGAAAAAAGUUUGGACACCACUGCCUUAAAGCAAAUGGCAUCAGGACCAACACAGCAACAUUCAGGUUGCCCAAAAUAUCCAGUGCAAGGAGGAAGGGAUCAGGAGGGGUUUUUGGGGGGGGUGUUAGGUGUUUGGGACUGAGAGGGUUGCACUCCAUGUGGUAUAGUGGUUAGAGGAUUGGGAUAGUAUAUGGGAGACCAGGGUUCAAAUCCCCAUGAAACUCAUCGGUGACCUUGAGCCAAUUGCUGCUGCUGCUACUCAGCCUAAGCUACCUUGUACGGUUAUUGUGGGGAUUAAAUGAGGAGGUUGAGGGUGAUAUAUGCCACCUCGGGCUCCUCAGAGAAAGAGGUGGGGUAUACAGUAGAUGCAAUAAAUAAAUAAGAAUAGGGUGGGUCCUGAAGUAUAUAUAACUUAAGUGUCAAAGGCUAGGAUAGAGAUGCUUCUUCAGUAUAUGACAAAAACUCUAUAGUGAAGAUGCCAGGAACACUGAUGCUUCCACAGAUAAUGUCCUCUCCCUGGCUGCCACCACUCUCAAACUUCUAUGGGUGGUGGAACUACUUAGAGGAACUACUAAGAGUUAAUGUACUAUAUACAUAAUAUUAUUAAGAGGUUCAAUAGGGAGGGAGAUGGUCUUUUGGGCAUUUGGGGCUCAGUCAUUUGGGCUUCGAAUGUAACUGUGAGCACCUUGAAUUGGGCUUGGAAACACAUAGCAAUCAACUGAACUCAGGUGCAGAGUUCUGGCUAGAGAUGGAGAGAAAACUGAUUCUGUUUACAUCAUCAUGAAAAAACCUCCUAACUACCACUUCGCAAACCAAUCUACAAACUGAACAGCAUGUAUUCUUUGGAAUUCACACUUUCAAAAAUUUGCAGCGCAGCUCUCCAGUCAGUUCAGUUCAUAAGUUUAUUGCUCUAGCCAAAGGCCAUGGCAAACCUGUAGCAAUAGCCUUAAUAAAACAACAUACAUCCAUAAUAUAAGCUAAUAUCCAUGAUACACCAACAAACUCAAAUCCAUCUUGAUUUCAGACUAAACCUUUGAAUCACCACAACAAUUUGUUUAUUAAUUUAUUUUGCCAAUUAUUUUUUAUUGAUUUUCCAAUAUAAACCCAGAAAACCCACAAAUUAGUUCCAAAUUAAUACAAUUUUGUUAAGAGGCUUCCCACACACAGUUCCUGAUGGAUCUUUAUUAUUUAAUAUUACUGUGUUUCAUAUUCUUAUUUAUUUCUAUUACAUUCAAUUUUUCCAAAUUAUCAUACAAUUAACAGUUGCACUCUUUAUGAUUUCUAUUUGGUGUUAUUUUAUUAUUUAACUUCCAAAAAAAAGGCCUCAAGUGAGGACCCAUAGCUUUUUCCUUUUCAUCCUGUGUCCACUACAUCCAAAAGUCAGUUGUUAGUCUCUUGGCCUUAUGUGUCUCUCUGACGUUUUCCUUUUUUCCUGGUGCAUUUGGGGCUAUCUCCCUACUCCCACUGCUGUUUUAUUCCAGCCUGGUUGGGGCAGAGCUGAAACUUCAGGUUAAACCCUCUUCUUUCUCCUGCUCAGCUCCUUCCCAUAAUACUCAAGCAGUUCCAAAUCGACAACAGCAGAUCCCUCCUUUCCACUAGCACCAAGAAUCAACAAGUUCCGAGUUCCAGAGAUUUGCCAUUUCUUCUUCUGGCUGGGAAAAGAGAGAAAAGGUGGUGCCAUUCCUCUUCCAACACCCAAAAAGCCCUCAUGCAACUUUCCUUUCGCUGCUACCAAAACAUUUUUAAAAAUUUUAAAAAAUAGGUUAUAUCUCAACAUCUCCACAAUCUCUUUCAGUCUUUUUUGGGGGGGGGGAGGGGGUAGGCUCCAACUCCCAGUGACAACCUUCCAAACAAAACAGUUCUCUCCCUCUUUUAACUCCUUUGAAGCCACACACAGCUUUACAUCUUCUUUUAAAUCUCAGCGUUACAUCAUACAUCAAACCAUCCUCACCUGUAUAUCUUAAAAUUCAAUAUUAGGAGAGGGUUGCUGAAUCAUAAAUGUAAAAUCUUCCAUAAAAUAUAGCAGAGAGCCACCCUUCUCCUCCAUCCACCUCCAGCACAAGAUAGAUUCUUCUCCCAAUUUCAAACCUCAGUUCCAUGCAGCUGGUUGUUUGCAGUUAUAAUGUACAUGUCCUCUUGUGUGCACCUAUUCUUAAUGCCAAUUAAAACCCAAUUAUAAGGAGAACCUCCACAUCCAAUGGCAAUUUUGGGGGUUUCACAUCAGGCAAAGUGAGUAAGCACCCAGCACCUCCACCUGUCCCUGUGGGGGGGGGGCAAGCCAUUGAGGUGACAGCAGGUCUCCAGUACCUCCUGUACCUCAGUAGGUUUAUGUUGUUGUUUAGUUGUUUAGUCGUCUCCGGCUCUUCGUGACCCCCUGGACCAGAGCACACCAGGCACUCCUGUCUUCCACUGCCUCCUGCAGUUUGGUCAAACUCAUGCUGGUAGCUUCGAGAACACUGUCCAGCCAUCUCGUCCUCUGUCGUCCCCUUCUCCUUGUGCCCUCCAUCUUUCCCAACAUCAGGGUUUAUAGGUUUGGUUUAACCACUUCCAUCCUCUUUAUUCAGCCUGUGCCUCUCUCCUAUGUUGAGAGAGUCGUCACCAUGGCAUGGGACAGGAAGUGGAAACAACCACCAUGACAAUUUAUAGAGAUUUUAUAUGACUCCUUUUUCCUGAUUAUUUUAUUUUUAUUUUUCAGUCAAUGCAUAGAGGGCUACUCUCUAUGUUAUAAAGCCAUUAUUGUCACUCAAAAGAAACCAACCUAUUUCUGCCAGGGUGUGGCUACUUGCUAAUGUGAAUAAAGGUUUCAGAAAGUCUCUGGAUAAGAGGCAGGCUAACAGAUAAUGAGCGAUGCCUUCCACCUGAGGUUAACUACAAAUGCAAACUCUGUCCGCAUACAUGACCUUGUUUGCUGUAGCAGCCAUCCAAGACUGCAAUAGGCGUUAGUUGAAAAAGCAGCUCAAUAAAGGCAUUUAUUGAGGAAGCUGGUGAGAGUUUGAGCUCUAAAAUACUCUGGAGUGGAUACCAAGGGAAAAAUAUGGUAUUUCUAAUUAGUUGCAGGUCAUUUCUGGAUUCUGUCCAGAAUCCAAAUUCUGGGUUCUAUCCAGAAGAGCCAGUCUCUUGUUGUUGUUGUUGUUUAGUCGUUUAGUCAUGUCCGACUCUUCGUGACUGCAUGGAACAGAACACGCCAGGCACUCCUGUCUUCCACUGCCUCCCGCAGUUUGGUCAAACUCAUGCCAGUCUCUUAGUUGACACUUAUUCAAGGUCAAACCAGAGCUCAGUUCUGGAAUAUAAUAAUGGUUUAAAACAUCUUGACAAGCUGCUUUCCAGAGCAGGUUAUCACUCAAUUCUAUAUAGCACAGUGCAGGAAAAAGCUCAAAAGGCAUAGUAGCAAUUUUUAAAAUAUACUUUAACUGAGCACAGUUUGCUCUUGACUUAAUUGUUGGCGUCCCAGAUUCUGUACAAAGAAGAGCUGUUGAUAUUCCUGGUGGUAGAGAGUAUAGCUUCUAGGGAAAAUAAAAUAUUCUGCCUGGUUUCCAAAACCUUAACGGAGUUUAAAUCAGAGCCCCAGAUUUCAGUGUCAUAAAGAAUUUGAGUAAGCACUUUACUAUCAAAUAUUUCAUAGCAGGUUCAAUCAGCUGUUGUAACAGAACUUCAUCAAUGCCCCAAUAGUUUCCUGUGGUUUGACUUUCACUGCUUCCAUCCAAAACUUCCAAGGGGGGUUUCACUAAAGAGUACACCCAGGUAUAUAAAUAAAGGAGUUUGUUUUAUACCUUGUCCAAUUCUCCAUUUUUUUUAACUUCUCAAAAGUAUGCAAAAGUGCAUAUUUAAGUGAGCAGUUUGCAAACAAGUGAAUAUAUUGGGUGAGGGGAGAACAUAUAAAAAUGCAUCUGUUAGUCAAAACUGCAUACAAAAGUGUGUCUGUUAGGAGAAAUUCACACUCAGAUGCUGAUGAAUUUUCAUGAGGAUGAAAAAAAACACAAUUUCAAAUUGCUGCAACAACGUGGGGGGGGGGGCUGAGUUUAAGACAAGAAGGUGACGGAAACCAAAACUGACAGAUGGCGUCCACAUCUCAUUUUGAGAGCUGGGUAGCCAAAGUGGGGCUAUUACCAAGGUCAGCUUUGUUGGACUGGUCAUGUUGUGCAGAUGCCUGAUGAUCGUCUUCCAAAGCAACUACUCUAUUCCAAACUUAAAAAUGGAAAGUGUAAUGCUGAUGGUCAACAAAAGAGGUUUAAAGACUCCCUCAAGGCAAAUCUAAAAAAAAUGUAGGAUAAACACCGACAACUGGGAAACACUGGCCUGCGAGCGCUCCAGUUGGAGAACAGCCUUUACCAAAGGUGUCAUGGGCUUUGAAGACACUCGAACUCCGGACGCAAGGGAGAAAUGUGCUAAGAGGAAGGCAUGCCUGGCAAAACCACACCGUGAUCAACUCCCCCCCGGGAACCAAUGUCCCCACUGUGGAAGGAUGUGUGGAUCCAGAAUUGGCCUCCACAGUCACUUACGGACUCACUGUUAAGACCGUGUUUAUGGAAGACAAUCUUACUCGGCUACGAGUGAUCGAAGAAGAAGAAGAAGAUUACCAAACAACUGGGGUGGGGGUGGCAUGCUCCUAAACCCUCCUCACCCCCAGGUUUUUAGAAAUAGGGAAAAAUCUUUUUGGGAAGAGAAAAUGAGGGGCAGGCUAAGAAAUCCCACAAAACAGCUUCAUUUGAUAAGUUUUAAGGAUGUGACAAUGAAGAGUGCAUGGUUGGUUCACAAGCUGCAUGAAGCACUGAACAGACACACUUUGCACUGCAGCAAUUUGUUGCAGUUCCCACUUGUUUAAACAGCACACUUUUAGGGAGGAGAGGAGAGAAAAAUUCAUUUAGAUAACCUGUUCAUAUAACAAUCCCCAGAGUGGAGCCCAAGAUGUGUAUUGUGUGAUGCUUUGCAGCUUGCAACGGUGGCUGUGUGUGUUAUACAAUGCUAUAGUCCAGUAAGACACUGGUGGAUGUGUGAAAUAGAUACAAGCACACACCGACCCAGAGAUGUCUCCCUCUAAGGAAAAUGCUUCAAUACUUGUAAGUGACAAUAAUGACUUAAUAAGGCAAACUAUGGCUUGGUGGCUGGCUAAAUAAAUAAAUAAAACUUGGAAUGGGUGUGGGUGUAUGAAACGCCCCCCCCCCAAACACUAAGAAUUUUUAAAGGCAGACUAUAGUUGAAUAAAAUCACUUUUGAUGGACUGAAUAAAACAGACAAGAAUCAUAGAAUUGUGGGGUUGGAAAGGGACCCCAAAGGGCCAACCAUCUGUAAUGCAAGAAUCCCACCUGAAGAAUCCCCAACAGGUUGACAUCCAACCUGUUUAAAAAACCUCCAAGGAUGGAGAGUUCACUACUUUCCGAGGGAGCCCGUUCCGCUGUUGACCAACUCUUUACUGUCAGAAAAUUCUUCGUAAUGUCUUGAUUCCUGUAAAUAGAAUCUGCUGGUUCAAGUCCUUCCUUCUAGAGCAGAAGACUACACUGAACUUGAAGCAAAAUAAUCAAGCAGGAAAAGAUAAACAAAAGGAGGAAACAAAAGAAGAUGAAACAAACAACAACAGCAAGAUUACACCAAAAGAAAUAUAUGAGGAAGAACAGUAGGGUUUGAAAGAAAAGGCUGGAUAAAGGGUGGGCGUGGGUUGGACUCAAGCCUUAAGGACAUCUGCUUCAUAUCCAGAAGGUCAUAGUUUCAGCCCCCAGCCUCUCCGGGUAGAAUUGGAAAAGACUCUGUGCCUGAAUGCUUGGAGAGCUGCUGCCAGCCAGUGUAGACCAUACUAUGCUAGGCAACUUGCUGUGUUCCACCAGAACCGUUUUAUUAAAAUUCCUGCGUAGAGACAGAACUUGCAAAAGUGCAAGAAACCCAUGAGACAUAGGUGAUUUAUUUACUUCAACAUCCCUUCCCUAAAGGACUGGGAUUGGAGGGCCUGGGCAAAAUCAUUUCCUUUGUUUACAAGGUUGGCCUGUCAGUUGCAAACAGAGUUCUCUCUCCCUUUCCCCUCUCCCUACCCUGGUGCUUUCUUUAGAUGGUAGGUUUAGAGAUAUUAGUUUUGCUUUUAGCAAGGACUUGCCCACUAGAGGGAGAGAGAGACUGAAGGAGUUGUAUGUACAUUUUUUUAUUUUUUUUUUGGUGCAUUGGACUAACAUAGCCUCUCCUUAAUGUUGCAGUGCUCUUUGGACUUAUUUUGGUUUGGGUAUCAAUAAAGCUUUCCAGGUUCCAGUGUGUCCUUGAAAAGGAGUACUUCUGCUCUUCCAUUCCAAAUGGUGAGUCAUCCAUCCUCCCAAAGACUUAUCUAUGCUGGGGGAUGAUUGUUAGAAAAUUGUAGAGGGACGAGCUUCCAAAGUCAUCACUUUAAGUUUGGGUUUUUAAGAAGAUCCCUGCUGGGACAUUGUCUUGAGGUCACAUGUUCAGUGGUGGGUAGCAACAGAGGCGAAUGUGUGUGGAGCAAAUUUUACCUUUAUAUGGUAAGCUAGUUGUGAUUCAAGGACCCGCCACCCGCUUGAGGAUAAGAAAGACACAUGGACACGGUAUAUUAGGUUAGUGGGCUAAAAAAGGCCACAGCUUUAUUGAUUACAGCAUGUGAGAGGUAUUGGCUUAGGCAUUGGAUAAAACAACAGAGCGUGACUCCACCCCCUCAGGGAGGGGUGAGUCUAUCAAGGGUUAACCACCAGUGGGAGGAGCCUGUUGAUGCAAAUAAACUGAAAGCUCCCCCUGAUGUCACUGGGGGUCAUGCCAUGGCCCUAGCCACCAGCAAGGGCAUCGGACAGGAUCCAUGACUGCCGGAUUCCUUUACCGGAAUACCCAUAAAAUGGAGGGGUAGGCGAUGGCCACACCAUGCCCUCCAACACACAACCAUAUUCCAAUGCCUAACCGCCUAUACCCAAAAGUUGUGAUGAUUUGCUACGAGGUAGGCAAAAAACCAAGUGGCCAGUGCCAAUUUGCCAGUUGGAUAAAAAUUCCUGCCAGGCCCCUUGGCCAACCAAGGCGACCAACCACUGGUCCAUAGCAAUGUCAAGAACCAAGCAAUGAACUAAGGGAGGGUGGGUGAAUGAUCCAACAAGAAGCAGCAGCACAAUGGCUGGGAAAUGCUGCUGCGGCCACGUUUGAGCAGCUAAACCCCACCCCCAAGCCUCCAGCCAGUUGGCUGGCCACCUGGGGGCAUGGUGUGGCAGCCGGGGCAGCUGGGCAGGGGGCGAAAUGCCCCCUGCCAACGCAGGAAACAGCUCCCGCUCACAACUCCUCCCCUCCUUGAGGAGGAGAGACUUUCCUUUCCCAGCACAUGAAGCUAUCUCUCAAGCAUUUUCUGUUUCUGCCACUUCUAGGUUUCCCAGAAGGGUUGACCUCCAUUCUCUUUGUGGUAACCAACAUUGGGAUUCUCAACUCCACGGUCUUCAGUAGCCCUAGCUUGGCAUCCGUGUCCAGCCUCGCCCUAGCAAACAGCGGCAUAACGAAAAUCAAACCGGGAGCGUUCAGCAUUUUCCAAAACCUCCGCAAACUAAGUUUAUACCAGAACAGUGUGACUGAGGUUAAAGCCUCCUGGCUUUCCAACCCUGGGCAUCUAGAAAACCUGACAGUGGCUCAGAACCUCAUUGCCAGUAUAGGGCCAAAAGACUUUUCAGGGUUUUCCAACCUUACAUCGCUGAACUUAGCAAACAAUCAGAUCUAUCAGAUAUCCAGCAAGAGUUUUAAGGAGCUGACCAAGCUAACGCUGCUUGACCUGUCUGGCAAUAAGUUAACAACUUUAGCAAGAGAUGUAUUUGAUGGGCUGAUGCUCCCAGUGAUGAAGCUUGGUGGAAAUCCAUGGAACUGCUCCUGUCAACUUCAGGAUUUUGGAUUAUUUCUGCAAGGUAGGUGCCCAAGGUGGCUAACAACCUAGUUGUGGAAACAAUACAAUUAAAAUUAUUUGAGAGCAGCUAGAAUUCUCUCUGCAACAUCUUGGAGGUUACAAAUGACACUUAAAUCAUAUUUUGAUUAAUUGUGGGGUUUUGCAGCUAUGGCCAAACUGACAGGGUUUUUUGGACCCACCAGGAAGGAAGAGAGAGACAAAAUAAUUUGGGGAGUCAAAUGGCAGACAUACAUUGAUUACAAAAACAGAGAUGGUUUAGAACCAAAAUGAAUUAUGUGUUUACAAGGUGUUAGUGAAUUAAUGCCAUAAUGUUAUUGUGAAUAUAUGUGCUCCCUUAAAUUUGACAACUCUUUUUGAAAUUGUGCUUUUGGGAGCUUUUUAAAUUGUGAUCAAUGUGAUAAAUAAUAUCUUUCUGUUAAAUCUUAAUCUAUAAAGAUUUAGCAUUCAGCACUUAAUGUGAUUCAACACAGCUUGAACAGUUUAAAAGUGGGAAGUGGGCCUCUUCUAAUCAGAAGUUUGAGAGAGGCUGGCUUAAUCCUACAGACUAACUUUUAAAACCAAUUUAAGCAAUGCCUUCAUUUUUAUUUGAAAAAAUUAAUUGCAUAAACCAUUGAAAAUAUAAAUGGAACCAGACACAACAGAUUUCACAGGUGAAUCAUUUCCCAGUCAGUUUUUCCAUUGUUCAAGACUGUGUGUCUUUACAGAGUUGAUCAACGCGUCACUGCUUGAAGAUGCUGCCUCUGUCAUUUGCCGAAGUCCACCAAACCUAGAAGGGAUUCCUGUCUGGAACAUUUCUGACAUGAACUGCCUGCCAGACUUCUUUUCAUCAGUCUUUGAGAACAGCUUCCAUAAAGUUGGACUACCAGCUUUGCUGGUAUGUUUAGGUAUGUUUCUGUGUAUCUGUUAAUGUUUGAUAACAUAUCUCUGUUGACAUAAGAACACAAGAAAGGCCCUGUUGGAUCAGGUCCAAGGUCCAUCUGGUCCAUCAUCCUGUUCUCACAGUGGCCAACCAGAUGCCCCAAUGGGAAGCCCUAGAUGGGUCAUUGGCCUGAUCAGACCUGCUUUUCUUACCUUGUUAUGUUCUAUCUGCUUCUUUUGGAAUUCAUGUACCCUUUUGAGCUAAUAUUUUACCUUUCUUUUUUUCCUUUUGGGCAGUGCUGAUUUCGUUCAUUUUGAUGCUGCUUUUGAUCUGGAUGGUGAAACGCAGUAAUCAACAAAUCCAGCCAAGCAAAGAAACGACUGAUCUAACCACCAGUGGUCAACCAUCUGACUGUGUUGAUUCCAUGGCUGAACACAGGCCGACUGAUGGAAAGAUCAGAAUCACAGAGACAGGGGUGAUGUCUCACUCUAGGUUGUUGAGAGUUCGUGCCAAGUCUGCCUCAGCCAUAUUGUUGCAGGCAGAGUUCUGCCCCAGACCGUGUCAGGCCACCAAUUUGGCUGAAGAAAAGCAAGGGCAUCUAACAACUCCCUUCACACUGUUAAAUGAAAAAAUGCACGUGAGAAGUGAGGACCUGUGCAACUUUAUGGAACUGUGGUAUUACCACAAGCUGGAAACAGACAACAGAAAGGAAUUUCAGAGGCAUUGCAAUGUGAACUCAUUCCCGACUGAAGUAUAUCUAGAAACUCCAGAUAUGAAAGUUACUUCAGAAGUGGCAACAAAAAGUUUGCAGGAAAAUUGUAUUUUGGGAGCAUCUGAGAAUGAUGAUAGUAAAGGCUGUGACAGUGUUGAAAAUCCCGAACCCUUUUUAUAUUUAAGUGUUGCUACGACCACAGUUGAAGAGCAAAUUGAUGUCCCACCUAAAAAAGAUGUGGUUAUAAAAGCAGGUGGAAACUGCUCAGUUUCUUUGAAGCGCGCUUUUACAUGGCCUUAUGAGAUAAAAUGUUUGGGGCAGAAGUCUAAUGUGUUAAGUAUUAGAGAAUCAUUUAAAGGACAGUUCCUCCUGCCUACUCUCAACCUUGAAGAGAAACUGGAUGUUGGGAGUUCAGAAUUUGAGGAAGAGUGGCUAGAGGUUCAUCCCAGGAAGGCAUGUCAGCCAUUCGAUAAGGGUCAGCUUGGAUUAAACCAAGAGGCAAAGCUAGCCAAGGAAACAGAGUUUCCAUAUCAGCAAGAAUCAAGGGCCGAAAUUGCCUUAGAGCCAACAGAUGUUGGAAAAUCUGAAUUCACUGUAGAUCUGCAAAGACAGCAUGAUCUGAGCACAUGCCCCAAAGAGGGUGAUCACAUAGUCAGUGGCAGAACUGAAUUAAAGACAGAGGUAAAACCAGCUAACCAACCCGAGUUUUCGCUUCAGCAAGAAUCAAAAGCAGCUGUUGCCUCACAGUCUGGACUCAAAACAAUGAGAGGCCCCACAGCUGUGAAAAGGAAACAAUCAUCAAAACCAGUAUCUGCUCAAUCUAAAGUCCGUCAGGAAAGUCAUCCCUCUCCACUCCCUUCAGCUGAUGUUGCUUCCACCAGUCUGCCCCUGUAUGAUGAGAUCUCACUUGAAAACGACGAGUAUAACUAUGCCAGCCUCCUGCAUGAAGUUGUGGAGAAUCGUGGGAGGUGGACUAGGGAAAGAUGGAGACAGACCCACAGGAAACGUUCAGUGAAUCAGCCCCCAACCAAAUCCAAGUAG